AGUGGACCGAGCAAAGCGAUUCGAAGACCUGGUUAUACCGAUAAUCCAUUCCGUUCUGUCCAGUUUGAGCGGUAUUUUUGACGAAACCUUAACUGCCUGAACUUCUGGCAUUUUGAAAGAAUUUUCGAAACUUUCUUGGACUUCCGGUGAAAGGGAAGUUUCAAUCUCUCAGCACAACAACGAUGAACGGUACCAACGGCACAAAUGGGCACCACGCAGUCCCACAGACGCUCAAGAGAGCCGAGGAAGUAGAGGAUCUGCUCGAUGCCGUCAAGGGUCUGAUCGUGCCGUACAUCAGAGCAGCCGAUGAGGCAGCCGGCCAAAAGGCGAACGGCUACACAUCCGUCGACAUUGAAGGCGUUCCCAGCAAUGUCUUGGUCGACACCCAGAAGCCCGAGGCAUUGGUCGAAAAGCUAAAGCUCUCUCUUCCCGAGGGCGAUGGGCUCGGUAAGGAUGGCUUGCUCGAUGUCAUGCAAAAGAUUCUUAAGUACAGCGUCAACACCUGGGACCAAGGCUUCAUGGAUAAGUUGUAUGCAAGCAAUACUCCGGUUGGCGUCGUCUCCGAUCUCGUUCUAUCUGUCCUGAACACAAAUCUCCACGUCUACCAAGUCUCACCCGCACUGAGCAUCAUCGAAAAGAUCACGGCGCGAAAGUUUGCAAACCUGUUCGGCUUCAACGGCCCUCGCGCCGGCGGCGUCACCUGCCAGGGCGGUAGCGCCUCCAACCUGACCUCCCUCGUGGUGGCGCGGAGCGCCCUCUACCCAGAGACAAAGGCAUCCGGCAACGGCUCCCACGACUUUGUCAUCUUCACCAGCGCCCACGGCCAUUACUCUGUCGAAAAGAGCGCCCUGGCCUGCGGCCUCGGCGCGUCGAGCGUGUGGGCCGUGCCCAUCGACACCGCCGGACGCAUGAUCCCCGAAGCCCUCCGCGAGCUCGUCGUCCGCGCCAAGGCGGAGGGCAAGACGCCUCUGUACGUCAACUCGACUGCCGGAACGACGGUCAUGGGCUCCUACGACCCCUUUGAGGAGAUUUCGAGCAUCUGUAACGAGUUUGGCUUGUGGUUCCACAUCGACGCCAGCUGGGGAGGGUCCGCCAUCUUCUCGGAGAAGCAAAAGGCUAAGCUUAAGGGCUCCCAUCUGGCCGACUCGUUGACCGUCAACCCGCACAAGAUGAUGAACGUACCCGUGACGUGCUCGUUCUUGCUCACGCCGGACGAGAAGGUCUUCCACAAGGCCAACACAUUGCCCGCGGGGUACUUGUUCCACAACGUGGACGAGACCGAGGACGUAUGGGAUCUGGCAGACCUAACCCUCCAGUGCGGUCGCAGGGGCGACAGUCUGAAGCUGGCGCUGGCCUGGAUCUACUACGGCGCCGGCGGCUUCGAGAAGCAGAUUGACCAUGCGUUUUCCCUGGCGGAACACCUCGCGACAUUGGUGCAGAAGAGCGACAACUUUGUCCUGGUCUCGUCGAACCCGCCGCCUUGCUUGCAGGUCUGCUUCUACUAUGCGCCAAACGGCCAGCUUGCCGAGGAACCCGAGGCGAACACGAGACGGACCAGCGAAAUGGUCCAUAAGCUGAUACAGCGCGGCUUCAUGAUCGACUAUGCUCCUGGGGAACGAGGUAGCUUCUUCCGGGUUGUCGUCAACUGUCAGACCCUCCAGGGAACUGUUGAUGGCUUGGUCAAGGCGCUGGAAGAAGUAGGCAAGGAGAUUGCGGCGUAAGUGUUAGAGAAUCAUGUGGCAAAAUGGUGCGAUUUAGAUAUAAAGACAUCGAAGAAUGAUGUCCCAGAUGAUAGACUCUGCCGAACCAAUGCCAGCAGAAGGUCCACAGACGAGAUGCUGCGUGCGCGACGUGUUCGGGCGUUGAUGGCGCCACCUGUGGCCGAGACAAAUUUGGAUGACAGAAAAUGAAAUGAGAAGAGAUCUUGUAAGUGAGCAGAGGUAGAAAUCAUCUUUGAGGCAUGAAAUUUGGUCAAGGGAUGAGAAGAACUGAAGUAAUCCCAGAGGGAAGACGGAGGAGAUAUUUCUAGGGGAGCAUGGAUGAUGGGCCUGGAUGAGGGACAGCGGUA